AUGGCAACAACUAUAUCACAAUAUAAGGGAAUAACUCUAGAAGAAUGGGAAGCGAAAACUAAACUUACAGAAUUACAAAGGCAGAGCGUAUUAGAAUUACAAGAUGCUUGUGCAGAGUUACCUCUUCCCGAAGGAGUUUUAAGCGAUCUUGGACCAGGUUCUCCGCAACGUACAGCAUCACCUACACCGUCUUCCGUCAAAGAUAAUCUCAAACAAUCACCUUAUUCUCGCUUAAGUACUUCACCUUUACCCAAAUCACGAUCCACCACAAAUCUUCUAGCAGCCGAAUUUCAAGCAGAUGAAGCAGCUGCAACAUCAACACCUGAUGCAUCACUUGGGAUACCUCAACCAAUUGAAACUACACAACAAUUUUUUGAUUGGUUUGCCAGAAUGGAAGCUGAUAUGGAAAAAGAUCAAGAGGAUGUUUAUAGAAAUUUUUUAACUGUAGUUACAAUGUAUAGAGAAGCUUGUUCUAAAUUUUUGGAACAGAUUGAUACUACAGUAAAAUUGUUUAAUGAUUUAGAUAGUAAUUUUAAGUUUGUUGAGGAAAGAACGAAGGCUUUGCAAACUGCUUGUGAAAAAUUAUUGGAAGAACAGAAUAAUCUUACAUCAUUAGCAGAUGCGAUCACUGCAAAACUUUCUUAUUAUAAUGAACUGGAGUCUAUUACAAAAUUAUUUAAUUCCCCUGGAGAGAAUAUUUGUGAGCAGGAGGAAUUUGUAUCCGUACUGGCAAAGUUAGAUGAAUGUUUAGAAUAUAUGCAAACCAAUCUUAGAUAUAGGGAUUCUGAGCUUUAUCUUAUGAGGUUCAGGCAAUGUAUGACAAGGGGAAUGGCCAUAAUUAAAAUGUAUUCCAUUAGUACAAUUAAAGGUCUUGGAUUGGAAAUAGCAAAAAAGAACAAUCAGGUCGUGAAUUCAACAGUACAGACAGCUUUAUUUUAUGUAAAAUUUAAAGCCAUAGCGCCAAAAUUAAAAGAGUUGGUUAAUGAAAUUGAGAAAAGAUGUCCAGCACAUAGAGAAUAUUAUUCUUUAUUAAAUGAUUGUUAUAAUGCGUACUUUUCUGUACGACAGCAAUUACUUAUUCCUGUAAUUUACACGAAAAUCCAAGAAUUAGAACCUACUGGGCAAGAUAUAUUAUCAUUUGCUCGAAAUGGUUAUGCAUAUAUGUUAAAUCUUUGCUCAGAUGAAUAUUCGUUAUUUUACAAUUUUUUUUCAACGGGUGAAGAUGAUUUAUACGGGAAUUUAGAUUUAUUAUGUAGUUAUAUGUACGAUUAUUUAAGGCCCUGGAUUAUACAUGAGACUAAUAUCGAAACAUUAUCUGAAUUAUGCGCUAUACUUCAAGUGCACUUGAAUCAGGAUUCCGAAAAAAAUGGAGAAAAGGAGGGGCAAGGAUUGCAGUUUAGUUAUUUAAUUCGUAAUGUUCUUCAGGAUACACAACAGCGUCUUGUAUUUCGGGUACAAACUUUUAUUCGUAAUGAAAUACAAAAUUUUGUUCCACAACCAUCUGACUUGGAUUAUCCAAAUAAGUUAAAAGAGUUAGAAGAUUCAAAUGAACAAGCUGAAUCUGGGGAAAAUAAUCAAACAUCCUCGGAUAAUUACCCUACGGGAUCAUCUUCGCCAGCUAUUUUAGAAGUUCAACAAGACAAUGGAGAUGAAGAGGACGAUGAAUCUACAGUAUCACCACAAACUAAUGUUAUUGACACAGGAAAGAUGUAUAAAGGGUGGUUUCCUACGUUACAAAGAACAUUAUGGGUUCUUUCAAAGCUUUACCAAUGUGUUAAUACCACUAUUUUUGAUGAUAUAGCACAAGAUGUCGUAGAUCUGUGCUUGCAAUCUUUAUUAACUGCGAGUGAGCUUAUAUUUAAAGAGCGCAAACUUGACGGGCAGUUAUUUUUGAUUAAGCAUUUAUUGAUUCUUAAAGACCAAAUUGCAUCUUUUGAUACACAAUUUAUUCACGAAGAAAAAGAUUUGGAUUUUUCAGAAAUAACAAUCGCAUUAAGCGAAAUAUUGCAGAAUAAAUAUUCAAUAUUGAGUCCAAAUACUUUAUUAGGUUUGGCGCAAAAGGGUAUUCCAAAAAUAGUUGAAAGUAGAGUUGAUUCAAAACAGGAAGUUGAUAAAGAGUUAAAAAGGAUUUGUGAAGAAUUUAUUACAGAAAGUGUUCAAGAUGCUAUUGAACCAUUAUCUUCUUUUAUAUUGAAGGUAUCUGCAUUUAAAAUCAGAAGUAACCUUAAACCAAUACAUCAACAAACUUUAUUAAAGAAUCAAAAUUUUGCACAACCAGCAAAGAUUGUCGAAAUUUAUGAAACAUUUCAGAAUUCUGUUAAAGUACGACUUCAAUUUAUAAUUAAAAAGAUGUUGGAAUAUCUUGAAGAUCGUAAAACCGUAAAUAUUUUACUAAAACCAAUACAGCAUCAAAUCAUAGAUACAUAUCAAGCAUUUUAUGAUAUAUUACGACAAGAAGAAUACGAAUUUGAUGAAUUUCCCGAAUCAAUAGGAACUCUUGAAGAAGUUAAAGAAUGGGUGAAAAGUGAAUGGUUCUGGAAAGCAAUUGAAGAGACAAAUGAUUAA